AUGGCCGACGCUUUGAAAGCAGAAGGCAACAAGGCCUUCUCUGCCAAAGACUACCCUACUGCCAUUGAGAAAUUCUCCCAGGCUAUCGACCUCGAACCGCAGAACCACAUCCUCUAUUCGAACCGCUCCGCUGUGUACUCGGCUCAGACUGAAUACCAGAAAGCUUUGGAGGAUGCCGAGAAGGCCAUCAGCAUCAAGCCCGACUGGUCCAAGGGCCAUGCCCGCAAGGGAGCUGCCUACCGUGGUCUGGGUGACCUCUUGGCCGCCCACGACGCAUACGAGGAGGCUUUGAACAUCGAACCCGGCAACGAGCAAGCCAAGUCGGGCUUCAGCGCGGUCAAGCGGGCCAUCAAUGCGGAGGUCACGGCAGACGGAGCAUCGGGUGACCCUACGGGCGGCCUCGGCGGCAUGUUCAAUGACCCGGCGCUGUUCCAGAAGCUGGCCAACAACCCCAAGACCGCGAGCUUGUUGGCUGACUCGGAGUUCAUGGAGAAGCUGAAGAAAAUCCAACAGAACCCGAACAGCGUGGGGGAGGAGAUCAGAGACCCUCGUUUUCUGCAGGUCAUGAGUGUACUUCUCGGGAUCGAUAUGAACUUUGGCGGCCCGGGCGAGGGCGGCCCGUCGGGAGCCGACAAGGAUGAGCCCAUGCCGGAUGCGAAGCCCAGCACCUCGCAGCCGAAGAAGGAACCGACGCCCGAGCCCGAGCCAGAGGACGAGGAGACGAUUGCCAAGAAGAAGGCUCAGGAGGCUGGUGAUGCGGAGAAGAAGAUCGGCAACGACUUCUACAAGAAGAAGCAGCUUGAUGAGGCCAUUGAGCACUACACCAAGGCCUGGGAGCUCAACAAGGAUAUCACGUACUUGAAUAACAUCGGUGCGGCCAAGUUCGAGAAGGGAGAUUACCAGGGCACUGUCGAGACUUGCCAGAAGGCCGUGGAGGAGGGCCGUGACCUGAAGGCCGACUUCAAGCUGCUGGCCAAGGCUUUCACAAGAAUUGGCACUGCCUACGAAAAGAUGGGCGACCUAACCCAGGCCAUUGAAUUCUACCACAAGUCUCUCACUGAGCACCGCACACCCGAUGCUUUGACGAAGCUCCGCAACGCUGAGAAGACCAAGACCACAGCGGAGAAGGACGCCUACAUGGACCCCGCCGAGGCGGAGAAGGCCCGUGAGCUCGGUCAGAAAAAGUUCCAGGAGGGCGACUGGCCCGGUGCUGUGGAUGCCUUCACGGAGAUGACCAAGCGUGCGCCCACGGACCCGCGUGGCUUCUCCAACCGUGCGGCUGCCUUGAUCAAGUUGAUGGCGUUCCCGCAGGCGGUGCAAGACUGCGACGAGGCCACGAGCCGUGACCCCAAGUUCAUCCGCGCAUACAUGCGCAAGGGCCAGGCCCUGGUUGCGAUGAAGGAGUACAACCGGGCUUUGGACACUUUCACCGAGGCUGGCGAGCACGACGAUGGCACCCACACUCGUGAAAUCGAGCAGCAGCAGCAGAAGUGCCUUGAUGCGCAGUUCAGCGCCCGUGCUGGCGAGACGGAGCAGCAGACCAUGGAGCGAAUUCAGAACGACCCCGAGAUCAUGUCCAUCCUGCAGGACCCCGUUAUGCAGAGCAUUCUCCAGCAAGCAAAGAGCGACCCGGCUGCCCUGCAGGAGCACAUGAAGAACCCGCAGGUGCGGAUCAAGAUCCAGAAACUGAUGGCGGCGGGUGUCAUCCGUCUGGGACGGUAA